CCAAACAGAGUCGGCGCUCCGAACCCUGCAGCCUCUCACUCUGCUGUAAAAUGAGUAAUUCUGAACAAUCGUCAGUUCUCACCGAUAAUGAACCUCUUACGACAAAACCUGAUAUAAAGAUAGAGCCUAAAAUUAUCAAUGGCCACAUCUCCCAGAUACCAGGACUGUCCCCUGUGGUGUCCCCCUCUGAUGAGAGGGUCAAAGGUCGAAGAGUCGGAGUCCUAGACAGUGACUCUGAGUAUGUCAAACUUGCAAAACAAGGCGGACAUAAGGGACUUUUGUGGCACGAUGAAUCCGUUACCUCCAAACCUAUCUCCUAUAAACCUCCAGCCUGGUUCUGUACGGCUUCAGAAGACAUAAAUAACCCAAGUCUAAUUAACAGUGAAGAGAAGAAAACCCCUCGAGCUUUUCAACGGCAAGAGCCCCCCUUUGGGAGUGAUAAUAUGUCUGCUUGGGAGAGGGGUGGUAGCAGCAAUGGCAAAGAGAAGAACAACAAUCUCCCUAACAGCGAGAUGGAGAAGUUACAGACAUCAGACCACUGUCGUGAGACCGGCAAAUUCAGGAGGAUAGUUUUUGACAAGAAACCUGCUCCUGUGGACAUGUCCAAGCUGCUGAGGUUCGGUUAUGCAGAACAAGACGACAAACACACAUCCACCGCUGAUGUGUCCACGGAUUAGAAGACUGGGAAAUGGAGCCAGGUGUACAAACUGAAAUUCUUAGAACGGCGUCUGACGUUUUCAGCGAUUUUCUUUACCCAUUCAUGCUGAGCACAUCGACCCUGUUGUGUUAUCAAGUCAAAUACGCUACAGUACCAUAGACAAGUGAAGCUGCUUCCCUGAAUUAAAGCCGGGAUAUUUUAUUUAUUGCUAGAGAUCCACUGUUAACUGCAUUCUGCACUGUAAAUGAAGAGACGCUGGUUAUGUCUUAUGUUUUUUUUUUGCUUUUUUUGUGACUGUAUCUCUUCAAA